UCGAAAAGUAAGGAAACAACUGCUGAAAUUCGUUUGAUUCUGUAUUCUAAAAGUUAAAUGUAGCGAAUCACUCAUCGCCGAGAUGAUAGCAAUGGCGGAAAAGUGGGAAAAAGUUCUCUACAAAAAACAGAACUUUCCGGAUAAUUAUGUCGAUGCUUCAUUUUUAUCGGACUUGAGAAAAAAUGUGAAUCUUCACAAAUAUACUUUUUGGGAAGCUUUCACUGGAAUUUCUGUUGUAACACAUGAAAUCAGUUCAACUGUAUUAUUUGUUAUAACGUACAUAUGCAUGAAGGAGAACAUGUUUUCUAUUAGAACAGUUGUAUCUGGUAUUGCAGUAUUACUGAUAUUCUGUGCUUUUUUGCAACAGUGGUUGAAAAAUGAAUGGUGGUUGUUUAAAAAGGCUAACGUUUAUGAGCAUGUUAAAAGCUGCAUCAUAUUUUUAACAUUCGGAUACAUGUUUUCACCCAUACUCAAAACUCUAACACAAAGUGUAAGUACUGAUACCGUUUAUGCCAUGGUAGUUCUCAUGUUGUUAUUACAUGUUUUAUGCCAAGAUUACGGUACUCGUGCUGCAAUCGUUAGCAGUAGUGUUUCUCUCAAUUCCGCAUUGUUCGCCGCUGUUUGUCUAGCUUCCAGACUGCCAACAGUUGAACACACUUUUGCUUUGGUGGUACUCGCAGUGAUAUUUUUUGUUUUGCUUCCUCUUAUCAGAAAGAAAAUUAAAGACAAUAUUUAUUGUCUUCUGUCGAUGACGGGACUUUUCAUGGGCAUCGUAUCCAUUUUUCUGAUUUUCAUUUCUGUAGUAUAUGCUAUUCUAUUCAUGUUGUUAUGUUUUUGCAUUAACCUUUUUUUUAUUGCUCUUUUUAUUUAUUGUCAGAAGUACAAAGAAAAUAUAUUUGGACCUUGGGAUGAAGCAGUUGUAAAAUUUCAGUGAUUUGCUUUAUUAGUUUUGUUUGUUGUUGUUGAUUCCAAAAUUUAUAUUUGUUGUUGUUGAUUUCAAAAUUUAUUUCAAUGUUUUGUAAGAAAUAUUUUCAGAAAUAUACUU